AUGGGCGAAGGAAACAAGGAUAUGCCCCAUGGCGUGGUGAUAAACGGCGAGGAGGAGGACGAGGAGCUGUUCGGGCCGGUCUCGUCGUCCAGCGGUUCUGAGGACUCGCUCGGCUCCUCGACGUCGUCGGACCUCACCGACGACGCCUCCUCCUCGUCGCCAUCGGGCUCUCCCCCGCCGCCGUCGUCGGACCAGCUCGGGCCACUCUUCGGGCUGUCCUCCCUCAUGACCCAUCUCCCCGCCAAGUGAGUAUUCCCCUCCAUAUACCCAUCUAUCUCUGGCCAUGACGUCCUUCCGCUUACAACGAUUCCUCUGGCUGUCGCAGGCGAGGGCUCUCCAAUUAUUUCUCCGGCAAGUCCCAGUCCUUCACCUCCUUUUCGAGCGUGAGAUGCGUGGAGGACCUCGCCAAGAAGGAGAUUCCCUUCAGGAGGAAGAUGAAGCCGUGCAAGAGCUACGGCGGCAUAGCCGAUUUGAGUAAUAGAUCGUCGCACUUCGCGCCAGGGCCUUGCAGCAAGGCCAUAUCGAAGAAGAACUCGAGGAGUUCUUGCGCUUCCCUGGCCACCAGGAGAAUUAACAGCGGCUCCUUUUGUAGCCCCAAACCGCCGCUGAUUCCUAUACAGAAAAACAUGUAA